AUCGGUCAAUCACGUCUACUUGCUUGCAGACGAUUCUCCAGGGAUACGUCCCAUCUGCUGCGACCAGGGCGAUGGGGGAGGAGGAGACCCGCGCAGGCGACCUCCCGGAGCCGUGCCUGGCGCACGCCAUCGCGCUCACCUCGCCGCGCGACGCCUGCCGCUGCGCCGCCGUCUCCCCCGCCUUCCGCGCCGCCGCCGACUCCGACUACGUCUGGGGCCGCUUCGUCCCGGAGGAUCACCGCCGCGCCAUCGCCCUGCAUCUGCAUGACGCCGGCCGGGACCGUGGGCCGAGGAAGGACGCGUACCUUGCGCUCUGCGACGGCGGCGGCGGCGGCGUCCCCGUCGACGUCGACGGCGACGGCUGGUGCAGGCUGUGGCUGGACCAGGCCAGCGGCGCCAAGUGCUACGCGCUGUCGGCGAGGAGGCUCAGCCUGCCGUGGGAGGACGGCGAUUUCUGCUGGCGUUGGGCGCCCCACGCGCGGUCCAGGUUUGGUGAGGUAGCCGAGCUCAUGGACUGCUCGUACCUGGACAUCUACGGCCGGCUCCCAGUUGCCGUGCUCACGCGGGCGACAUCCUACGCGGCGUACCUGGUCUACGGCAUAGCAGAGGGGCACCGCGGCCUGAGCUUCCCGGACCAGGAGGCGGCAGUGAGCUUGGGUGGCCGCGUGCCCGCGGAGUCGCACCACCGCCGCUCUGUGUGCCUCCGCCCCGACGAAGCCGAAGCGCGCAAGUUCUGGGGCGCCGGCGCCGUCAUUCCAUAUGGCGUCGGAGGCGUCCAUGUGCCGAGACUGCGAGAUGACGGGUGGUGGGAGGUGGAGAUGGGGCGGCUACGCACCGUCGAGGCCGGUGAGCAUGAAGCCCCCGGUGAGGACGUGGUGGCGAGCUUCGAGGUGGUUGGAUCGUAUCCCAAGCGCGGCCUCAUCCUGGAAGGCAUCGAGUUCAGGAAGCUCCAGUAGUUUUAAAAUCUGGUUACUCGGCAGCAUUUAUGGAUCAACCGACUGUUGAUCCAAGGGCGCCUGUGUAUGGGUAUGGCGCAAUGCAUUAUGUAUAUACUGGAUAACCAAUCUCCCAAUAAAAGUAAUAUGAUACUUUAAAACCCCUA